GGAAAGUACCGACAUGACAUUAAAGGAAGUGGAUAUAAAUCAAGAUAUCGAACAACUAAAUACAGAUAUUACAAAGUGCAUAAUAGAAGCAGCCAAAAAAAGCAUACCAAGGAGUAGUAUAGGGAAAAGAAGGAAGAUAGUGCCGUGGUGGACACAAGCGUGCACAGACGCAAAAAAAGAACGGAAUAGAGCAUUUAGAAUAUUGAGAAGAACACAUAAUUUCCAAGAAAUGAUCCAAUAUAAAAGGCAUCAAGCUAAAGUAAGGUACGUUAUUAAAAAGACAAAAAAACACUAUUGGAGAACGUUUUGUGAAUCAUUAAAUAGAACUACUCCUUUAGGCCAAGUGUGGGGAAUGAUCAAGAAAAUGUCAGGGAUCAGAAGUGAACAUAAAAAUCAUGUUAUGAAAGAUGGGACACGGUGUGUGGUAGAGAAUAAAGAAAAAGCAGAACUUUUAGCAAAGACAUUUGUUAAAGUGCACAGUAAUGAUAAUUUGAGAAAUGUACAAAAACAAAAGAGAGAAGAAACAAUUAGUUUAAAUAUGGGGGAAAUGGUGGAAGACAAUGAUAAUAGUUUAACCAACACUAUAGAUAUGAAAUUUUCUUUGAAUGAAAUGGUUCAAAUAUUGAAAAAGGUUAAAAAUUCAACACCAGGAACAGACCAGGUGAGUUAUCAGAUGAUCAAAAACUUAAGCAGCAUUGGCAAAGAAGUGGUCUUGAAAUUAUGUAAUAGGAUAUAUGAAGAAGGGAAAUUACCAGCAGAGUGGAAAGAAGCUCUAAUAAUUCCGAUAUGCAAACCAGGGAAAGACCCGGAAGAGGCAGGUAAUUAUAGGCCGAUAGCAUUGACCUCAAAUUUGGGUAAAGUAAUGGAAAAAAUGAUUAAUGAAAGACUAGUAUAUUAUUUACAGUCAAAAGAAAUAAUAAAAAACUACCAAAGUGGAUUUCGCAAAGCAAGAAAUACAAACGACCCAGCAUUGCAGCUGGAAGAGGAAAUUAGAAAGGGACAAAUAAAUAAAGUAUAAUUGCAGAAUUUUUUGAUAUAGAGAAAGCUUAUGAUAUGUUGUGGGAACAGGGGUUGCUGAUAAAACUAAAUAUAAUUGGGAUUAGAGGGAAAAUGUAUAGAUAGAUAAAAGACUUUUUAACAAGUAGAAAAAUAUUAGUAAAAAUAGAGAAUGAAUACAGCAGAGUGUAUGAAGUGGAAAAUGGGACCCCGCAAGGGAGUAUAAUAAGUCCAGUAUUAUUUUCAAUAAUGAUAAAUGAAGUUUUUAGUGAAGUGGAAGGGUUAGUGGAUGUGGCACUGUUUGCUGAUGAUGGAGUGACGUGGAAGAGAGGUAGAAAUACUAAUCAUAUAGAAAAGAAGAUCCAAAAAGCGGUAAAUAAUGUUCAAGAAUGGGGAACGGCGUGGGGUUUAAGAUUCUCUGUUGGAAAGACAAAAGUCAUAAAUUUUACAAAGAGGAAAGUACAAAACAAGAUCCAAAUUAAACUCUGGAGAAAAUAUAGAAGAGGUACAAGUAUUUAAAUAUUUGGGUGUAUGGUUUGAUAAAAAUAUUAACUGGUCAACCCACAUCAGCAAAAUAGUGGAGAAAAGUAAAAAGGUGUUAAAUAUAAUGAGGGCUUUGAGGGGUAAAGACUGGGGGGCUGAUAGGCAGACAUUGAAAGCAAUAUACAUCAGUUCAAUUCGAUCUGUUAUUGAUUAUGGAUGCAUUAUUUAUCAAUCUGCUGCAAAAACAUUACUUGGGAAAAUAGACAGGAUCCAAUCACAGGCUUUAAGAUUAUGUUGUGGAGCUACUAAAUCAACCCCAGUUGCAGCAUUACAAGUAGAGAUGAAUGAAAAACCUUUAGAUAUGAAGAGAGAUCAACUGUCAGUAGUUUAUUGGGCAAACUUAAAAGGGUCCAAGCAAGGACAUCCAACCCAUCAAGUACUAUUAAACUGCCAAGAAAAAGAGAAGAAAAAAAUGAAUAGUUUUGGGUGGAUAAUAGGAGACAGAUGUAAUAAAGUUCAAAUUGAUAAUAUUAAAGUUAGCCCUACAGUACCAAUCCCCGCAAUACCACCGUGGAUGUAUGAAAACCCAAAUGUAAACAUGCAAUUACUAAAGAAUAGAAAUUUAAAUAGUUACCAGAUAGAACAAUGGAUUGAGGAAACGUUUUUAGACAACAUCAUGGUGUACACAGAUGCAUCAAAAACUAUAAAUAAUAAGGUAGGAGCAGCAGCUGUUAUUCCACAAGGAAACAUAGUAUUAAAUAAAAGAAUUAGUGAUAAAUUAUCUGUUUUUAAGGGAGAAUUGGUAGCAAUUUAUAUGGCAAUUCAUUGGAUAGAAGAAAAUAAAGCAAGAAAAGCAGUCGUGUGCUCGGACUCCAGCAGUGCAUUGACUAGCAUAAAAAACAUAGCGUCAGAAACAAGACAAGAUUUAGUUUAUGAAAUAGUUCAGGCAGUCUACAGAAUAAAUAAAGCGGGAGGUGUGGUAACAUUUCUUUGGGUUCCUGCUCAUGUAGGAGUUGAGGGGAACGAAUUAGCUGAUAAGUACGCAAAACAAGCAACCACUAAAACAGAAGUAAACAUGGAGAUUAAGCACAGUAAAGAAGAAGUGAAGAAUAUCAUUAAGAUAAAACACAAUAAAAAGUGGCAGGAUAAUUGGAAUAAGGAAACAAAAGGUAGAGAGUAUUACAAAGUCCAGAGGAGAGUUGGUGUAAUGAGAGGAGGCAAUAGAAAUAGGAAGGAAGAAGACAUUAUUACUAGAAUGAGAUUAGGACAUGCAUAUCUAAAUAGUUCAUUGAAAUUGAUGGGGAAAUAUGCUACAGGACUGUGUGAUUCUUGCCAACAGAUAGAAAAUGUAAGACAUGUUUUAAUACAUUGUAGAAAAUAUAAUAGAGAAAGGGAAAUACUGGGAAAUAAGUUAGCGAAAGAAUAUUAGGUUAGCAGUGGAAGAUAUAUUAGGAUUGCACUCAGAACACAGGUUAUAAAGCAAUACACAAAUUUUUUUAAAACACUGGGUUAAAUAAAAUAAUUUAGAGUAGGAAUCCACCUCGAUCCACACUCCAUUACAGUAGGUGGCGGUAAUGCUCACCACAAGGUUGCUUGCCAACCGCCAUAAAAAUCACAAGAAGAAGAAGAAGAAGAAGAAGAACCUUUGCCAGAAUGUCGCUAACCUUCCAUGACUCCCCUGUCCUCCGUGAUCGUACCUUGUCACUCAACACCCAUCCGGAUUCCUGACUGCCCUCCUCGAUCCACGACCUCCCUGCUCGGACCCAGACCACGCUGCCCUGCUCUUGCCCACGACCUCUUGCCUGUCCACGAACUGCCGCUUCAUCUUGCUCCCUUGGAUAACGACGAAAGAUACAACCAACAUUUACAGACAACAACCCUUGGUAACAUUUACAUUAUUAAUUUUACACAUAGUCAACACCCACUCACUUUGAGUAGCAUACACAUGCCACGUAUUCAUCAAAGGUUUAAAAUAAACCCUGUAA